AUGGCGUACACGGCGAGCCCCGCGCCCGCGGCGCCCGGCGGCGCCCACCACUGCGUCUGCAAAGUCGAGCUGUCCGUGUGCGGCCACAGCCUCCUGGACCGCGACGUCACGUCCAAAUCCGACCCCUUCUGCGUCCUCUUCAUGGAGGUCAAUGGGAAAUGGGUGGAGCUCGACAGGACAGAAACAGCUGUGAAUAACCUCAACCCAGCUUUCUCGAAGAAGUUCGUCAUUGACUAUCACUUUGAAGAAGUGCAGAAGCUCAAGUUUGCCCUCUUUGACCAGGACAAAUCGAGCAUGCAGCUGUAUGAGCAUGACUUCCUGGGUGAAUUCUCCUGCACGCUGGGCAUGAUCGUCUCCAGCAAGAAAAUAACAAGAACUCUCCUUCUGGGGAACGGCAAGCCAGCUGGGAAAGGGAUGAUAACGAUAGCUGCCCAAGAGCUCUCGGACAACAGAGUGAUUACUCUGAGCAUGGCUGGCAGAAAACUGGACAAAAAGGACCUGUUUGGAAAGUCGGAUCCCUUCUUAGAGUUUUAUAAACCAGGCGAUGAUGGGAAAUGGAUGCUGGUCCACAGAACAGAGGUGAUCAAGUAUACAUUGGACCCUGUCUGGAAGCCCUUCACUGUGCCUUUAGUGUCACUGUGUGAUGGAGACGUAGAGAAGCUGAUAAAGGUCAUGUGUUACGACUACGACAGCGAUGGAGGACACGACUUCAUCGGGGAGUUUCAGACCUCAGUGGCCAGGAUGUGCGAAGCCCAAGAUGCCUUUGCACUGGAGCUAGAGUGCAUUAACCCCAAAAAGCAGAAGAAGAAAAAGAACUACAAGAACUCCGGGAUCAUCGUUGUCAAGUCCUGCAAAAUAACCAGAGACUUCUCCUUCCUUGACUACAUCCUGGGAGGCUGCCAGCUGAUGUUCACUGUCGGCAUUGACUUCACAGCCUCCAACGGGAACCCCCGAGACCCUUCCUCCCUCCACUAUAUCAAUCCCAUGGGAACCAACGAGUAUCUGUCGGCGAUCUGGGCUGUUGGUCAGAUCAUUCAGGACUACGACUCAGACAAAAUGUUUCCUGCCCUGGGAUUCGGUGCCCAGCUGCCGCCGGACUGGAAGGUAUCCCAUGAGUUUGCCAUUAACUUCAAUCCAACCAACCCGUUCUGUUCAGGUGUUGAGGGCAUUGUCCAAGCGUACUCCGCCUGCCUGCCCCAUAUCCGCUUCUACGGACCCACAAACUUCUCGCCCAUCGUCAACCACGUGGCCCGGUUCGCCGCCCAGGCAACCCAGCAGGAGUUCGCGACCCAAUACUUCAUCCUCCUCAUCAUCACAGACGGGGUCAUCAGCGACAUGGACGAGACGAGACACGCCGUGGUGCAGGCGUCCAAGCUGCCCAUGUCCAUCAUCAUCGUGGGCGUGGGCAACGCCGACUUCGCCGCCAUGGAGUUCCUCGAUGGGGACAGCCGCGUGCUGCGCUCGCACACCGGCGAGGAGGCCGCCCGCGACAUCGUGCAGUUCGUGCCCUUCAGGGACUUCCGCAACGCCCCCAAGGAAACGCUGGCCAAGGCGGUGCUGGCAGAGCUGCCCCAGCAAGUCGUGCAGUACUUCAAGCACCAGAACCUGCCGCCCAUCAACUCGGCGCCCGCGUAGGGCCGCGCCGCGCCGCCUGCAUGUCGCCCAGCCUGCCGGUCUGUGCUGGAAGCGCGUGGGCCACGUGCUCUGAGGAGGAGAACGCCCUGCCCCGACACACACACACUUUGUACUUAAUUGUUACGGUCUUAAAAUGCAUCCCAGACAAGCACCUGGAUUUGGUUCUUUUGUACAGUCCUGGGCUGAGAUGACCAUGCCCCGGGCCUGCUCCGUUGAGUCACUUUUCAGUAUUGAAUGUACUUUGUACAAUUUUAGUGGAACGGGACACAGUUUUUACAAUCAAAACUUGCUUUUUUCCCCCYUAAACAAUGGAGCACUUAAUAUCUUCUUCUCAUCAUUCAUUGAACAGGUCCUGUAAAGGUCCCGUAUCUGUGUUGUACCUCUGUCAUGCUCUAUGUUCAUUUUUAUACUGUGUACUUGUUAUAUUUGUUAUACUCAGGUUAAUAAAGAAACUGGGACAUUUAAA